CAGAUUGGACUCUGGACGGGGCUCCGGAGCACGUGCGGCAGCCCGAGGGAGGACGAGUCAAAACCACCGCCUUUUUCCACCACCCGCUCCAGUAGUGGAGAGGAUGGUGAUGGCAGCGGAUGCGAAGAGGAAAAGGACAAGAAUGGAAUGCUAUGGAGGAGGUCAACCUACCAGAUGAUUUGGGGUUCUAAGUUGAAUUCGCAGCCACAUUUGUUUCUAGUAAGUGGAGGGCAACCCCAGCAAUGGAAUUCAAUGGACAUCAAAGGUCCGUAUCUUUUUGCGUUCUUUAUCAUCCUCUUGCAGGGCCUCUCCAUGACUGUUGAAAUGAAACGUGGAUCCUUGGAAGAGGAUCUUCCUCAAGAAACCAGUGGUGACAUGGGGUUCCAUUUGAGAGCUUCGCAGAUAUCAUGGUGGCUUGUGAGUGCCAGCUGGAGUAGUGGAGGUUUGACACUCAUUUUUGGUUGGAACUAUGUUCGACCCUUGGGAGGGCGUGAUGUUCGACCCUUAUAGAACGGUUUAGCUGGUACUUGGCUGCGAUGUUGGAGCUCAAACUCCGCGAUGAGUACGCAGAGAAGCAGAUUCUUGUGAUCUUCCUCUCCAGCCAUGAAGUUGCAGCUGGUCUUAUUCGCUUCUUUUCUUCCGGGGCUUGUGCACGCGUGGUGGGGCAACCCCCGCCGCCGCCGCACCCGCGUCCAAGUUUGCAAUGAUGUGGUGAAGCCAGUGGUGGAAUCUGUAUGGAGUUGCCAACCCGCCAAAACGCGCACUGCUUGGAGGGACGUGACCAAGUGGCACAAGACCAAGAAGAAUGUGACCAAGUGGAUGAAUGCAAGCCGAUGGGUGGUGCACACGGAAACCAUUGAAUACACUUUGCCUUUGGAAGACUUUGUGCUCCUUGCAAAAGAGCAAAUUACUGAAGAGGUGCUGGCAUCUUUGAAGAGUGGCAUUGCUACCAACAGUCACCUUGACUCAAGAGGUGACGAUCUUUCCAAUGAAGAAGUGGCCCAUAUUGUUUGGGGCCCGAGCCAAGCAGGGAAGAGCACUCUCAUUUGUCAGUGCCGCCAGCAUGACGAGGAUCCUUGUCCAGAGGUUGGAGAUGGCAGUGGCGAAUCCCAGACAAGCGACAUCUCCAUGUGGCAGACGACCUUUGGUUUCACUCUGGACACCAUGGGAUUGGGCGACUCAUUGCUGCGAUUCUCAAAGGAAGAAAUCGGAAAGUUGGUGGCUGCUGGCAUAAGCAGCGUAGCUGCAGCCAACAUCAAGCGUGUGAAAUUUCUGGUCUUUGAGUCAAUGGCAAAUGACGCGUUGCAUCUCAGAAACACGCUGCUCAACUUGUUCACUGCCUUCGGUGAAGAGGUUCGGAAUGGCAUUGUGGUCAUUGCAUCCAAGCCCAAUCUGAGGCAAGGACGUGCUGGUGUGCAGAGGCUUGUCCUGAUGCAGCAAGUCAUGGCCGAGCAAGGCCUGCGUGAGCUCGUCCUGUGGAGAGGCCCGGAGAAGGAUCAAGAAAGCGUGGAGGAGUUGAAGGCUGCGCUUGGCCGAGUAUCCAGUGCAGAAAUCUCUGCGCUCGAUGAUCUUUGGGACCGCGUUAAUCGAAGAGCCCAAGAACUCUUUGAACAGCAAGUUCCCAGGACGAAAAACAUCUCUGUGGACGUUCUGGAAGAGUACUUAAUUCCUGAAGAAGUUGAGGAAGAGGUGGAGGAGAAAUACGUGGAGAGUGAGCCGGUUUUGGAACAAUAUGAAGGAGAAACAUGCGAGUGGAGCAACUUGCAGAAAGACACCAUUGUCCGAGAAUGCAAAUUGCACUGAUGCGCAUCCCAUCUUCGGUUCUGGUAGAAUUGUGAGAAGGCAAAACUAGCGGGGCCUCCGCUUCAAGCUUGAAGUGGAAGAACUCCCUGUUCCUUCUCCUUCCUUCGCAAAAGUUGUUGCGACAUACCUUUUGAGCAGUACUUUUGAGCCGUUUGACGUACUGCGAGCGAAA